AUGGCUGGACAAGUCCUUCGGCAGGCGAACCCGCCACCUAUACCCUCUCACCUGCCCGAUAGUAUUCUCCAUCUUGCUGUUAAGACGGAGAAGAAGCCGUUGGACGAGAAGGAUGCAAAGUCUCUGCGCGACUUCCAAAAUGCCGCCUGCUACAUCGCUGCUGCGAUGAUCUUUUUGCGGGACAAUGUCCUUCUGGAGUCGGAACUUAAACUCGAGCAUAUCAAACCUCGGUUGCUCGGCCACUGGGGCACGUGUCCCGGUCUCAUCCUGGUGUGGUCCCACCUCAACCGACUCAUUCGCAACCAUGAUAUGGACAUGAUCUAUGUCAUUGGCCCCGGCCAUGGUGCUCCUGCAGCUCUGGCGGCCCUCUGGCUCGAGGGCUCCCUCGAGAGGUUCUACCCUGGCGAGUACGAUGUCAGCAAGCAGGGUCUGCAUAAUCUCAUCACCAGGUUCUCCGUCCCCGGGGGCUUCCCCAGCCACAUCAACUCCGAGACCCCUGGCUCCAUCCACGAAGGUGGCGAGCUCGGCUAUGCCUUGUCGGUAUCGUUCGGUGCGGUCAUGGACAACCCGGAUCUCAUCGUGACCUGCGUUGUCGGCGAUGGUGAGGCCGAAAGUGGUCCUACUGCCGGAGCCUGGCAUGCCAUCAAAUAUCUCGACCCCAAGGAGUCUGGUGCUGUAAUCCCUAUUCUCCACAUCAACGGCUUCAAGAUCAGCGAGCGCACCAUCUUUGGAUGCAUGGACAACAAGGAGAUUGUCGCUCUGUUCUCCGGAUACGGGUACCAGGUCUGCAUUGUCGAGGACCUCCAAGACAUCGACACCGACCUCUCCAGCGCCCUCGAGUGGGCGGUGGCCGAGGUCAAGAAGAUCCAAAAGGCUGCUCGCUCCGGAGAAGCCAUUGCCAAACCGCGAUGGCCGAUGAUUGCUCUCCGCACUCCCAAGGGAUGGACUGGCCCCAAGAAGGUCGAUGGAGUCAUUGUCGAAGGCUCAUACAAGUCCCAUCAGGUUCCCCUAGCCAAGGCCGGCUCUGACGUAGCCCAGCUCGGAAAUCUGCGCGACUGGUUGUCCAGGUACGACAUUGGGAACCUUCUGCUAGAAGGCAAGCCGACUGAGAGCGUCACCGGAGCGAUCCCCAAGAAUAGCGCCAAGAAGCUCGGUCAGCUCAAGACUACUUACGACCCGUACGUAGGUCUCAAGCUUACCGACUGGAAGCCGCUUGCGGUCAAAGCGGGUGAGCAGGACAGCUGCAUGAAAGUGACGGGCCAGCUCCUAGACAAGGUGAUGCAGGAAAACCCUCACAGCUUCCGCAUGUUCUCACCCGACGAGCUGGAGAGCAACAAGCUCGACGCCGUGCUCGAUCACACCGGCCGCAACUUCCAGUGGGACCAAUAUUCGCGCAACCAGGGCGGCAGAGUUAUCGAGAUUCUGUCGGAGCACUGCUGCCAGGGCUUCAUGCAGGGAUACACCCUUACGGGCCGCGUCGGCCUAUUCCCCAGUUACGAGUCCUUCUUGGGCAUAGUGCACACGAUGAUGGUGCAGUAUGCCAAAUUCAACAAGAUUGCCAAACAGGUCAAGUGGCGCGGGGAUCUGGCGUCCAUCAACUACAUUGAGACGAGCACGUGGACUCGCCAGGAGCACAAUGGGUUUUCGCACCAGAACCCGUCCUUCAUCGGAGCCGUCCUCAAUCUCAAGGCAGAAGCCGCACGAGUCUACCUUCCGCCCGACGCCAACUGCUUCCUCAGCACCGUCCACCAUUGUCUCAAGUCCAAGAACUACGUCAAUCUCGUUGUAGGUUCCAAGCAGCCGACGUCGAACUACCUCGACGCCGACGCAGCCGAAGAGCACUGCCGGCGCGGCGCGAGCACGUGGGACUUUGCAUCCACGGACGGCGGAGCCGACCCGGACGUAGUGAUUGCCGGCAUCGGCGUGGAGGUAACGUUCGAGGUGGUCAAGGCGGCGGAACUGCUGCGCACGCUGGUGCCGGAGCUCAGGGUACGCGUCGUCAACGUCACGGACCUCAUGGUUCUGAAGGCGGAGGCCAAGCACCCGCACGCGAUGUCGAGAAAGGCGUUUUUGGACAUGUUCACCGAGGAUCGGGCGAUCGUCUUCAACUACCACGGCUACCCGACGGAGCUGCAGGGUCUGCUGUUCGGACGACCCAAUCUGGACAGGAUGACGGUCGACGGGUAUCGCGAGGAGGGAAGUACAACGACGCCAUUUGACAUGAUGCUUCUCAACGGCGUCAGCCGAUACGACGUUGCGAUCCGGGCGUUGAAGGGAGGCGCCGAGGUGAACGAGAAGAUCAAGGCCGUGCUGGACGACAAGAUCAAGGAGGUCGAGGCCAAGGUGCAGGAGAUUCGGGACCAUAUCAUGGAGCACGGCAAAGACCCUGAUGACAUUUACGACACGGCCAAAUUUUGA